UUGGAAACAGCCUGCAAAGAAGAUUUUGCGAGCAAGAACUACACAAUCAUAACAAGCAAAUGCAAAGGUCCAAAUUAUCCCGCAACUGUGUGUUGCUCUGCCUUCAAGGACUUUGCUUGCCCUUUUGCAGAAGUUCUUAACGACGAAAAGAACGAUUGUGCCUCCACUAUGUUCAGCUACAUCAACAUCUACGGCCGUUAUCCUCCUGGAAUCUUUGCUAACAUGUGUAAAGAGGGUAAAGAAGGUCUC